CAGCGUUAGAGCCUCGGAGUGUCUGGAGGUCGGAGCACGGGGCUGGGGCGCCAGCUGUGUCCAAGGAAAGAGGGGGUGGUCAUGGAACGCGCGGCCCCAGCAGGCCCCCAAACACUGGGCUCAGCGCUGGCUGGCUGCUCCCUGGUCGGACGCUCGCUGGAGACUCAGGGGUACAUUGGGAGCUGCCUGGACACCCUGCGAUCGGGUCAGGCCGACCCCAGGGGCCCUCCAUAGGCUGUGUCCUCCGGGCGGCCUGUCCCUGGCCAGCGCGCCCCGGCAGGGCCCGCGGCGGCUCCGUUUGGGACGGCUACUGCGUUGAAUUUGACUUUCUGAAGCCGCCCGGGGUAAACUCGCAUCUCCGGGACCGCGGGGGAUUAUUUACAGGGAGCCCGCCAACCAAGCACAACAGUCUAAUUUAACCUUUCCAAGUCCUCGUAAAUUUUUACAACUGGGAGCCACGGCGAGGUAAACGAAUCUGUUGGUCGUUCCCAACUUCCCACCAGCCUGUGUGGCUUCUGAAACAAUAACUCCUUAUGAAAUAUAAAUAUAGAUUUAAAUACAGUAGAGCGAGAAUGCGAUUUGGCUGCUUUUUUAUGGCUUCAAUUAUUGUCUAAUUUUAUGUCGGGGGGCUCUGCCGGCCGCACUCGCACGCGGGGCCCGCGCCGGGCUGAUGGCGUGAUUAAUUGUGAUAUAAAAUAGUCCGCUGAAGAAGUGUGUGUCUGGUGGUGGCGGCGCGAAGGGGAGGGAGUCCAGACGCAAGGCCAGAUUUGAUCUUUUAAUCUUCGUUGGCCACAAUUAAAACAAACCCGAUCGUUGAGCGCUGCGAUCUCUUUGCAUAAAAACAUAUGGCUUUUGCUAUAAAAAUUAUGACUGCAAAACACCGGGCCAUUAAUAGCGUGCGGAGUGAUUUACGCGUUAUUGUUCUGCUGGGCGGCCACGUGACGCGCGUGGCCAAUGGGGGCGCGGGCGCCGGCAACUUAUUAGGUGACUGUACUUCCCUCCCCGGUGCCACCAAGUUGUUACAUGAAAUCUGCAGUUUCAUAAUUUCCACGGGUCAGGCCGGCCGGCAGGGCGCGGGGUGCGGCGAUGGCCACCACGGGGGCCCUGGGCAACUACUAUGUGGACUCCUUCCUGCUGGGCGCUGACGCCUCGGACGAGCUGGGCGCGGGACGCUAUGCUUCGGGGGCCCUGGGUCAGCCCGCCCGGCAGGCGGCGGCACUGGCCGAGCACCCCGACUUCAGCCCAUGCAGCUUCCAGUCCAAGGCGGCGGUGUUCGGCGCCUCCUGGAACCCGGUGCACGCUGCGGGCGCCAACACGGUGCCCGCGGUCUAUCACCACCAUCACCACCACCCCUAUGUGCACCCCCAGGCGCCCGUGGCGGCGGCGGCGCCGGAUGGCAGGUACAUGCGCUCCUGGCUGGAGCCCACGCCUGGUGCGCUCUCCUUCGCGGGCUUGCCCUCCAGCCGGCCUUACGGCAUUAAACCUGAACCGCUGUCGGCCAGAAGGGGUGACUGUCCCACGCUUGACACUCACACUUUGUCCCUGACUGACUAUGCUUGUGGUUCUCCUCCAGUUGAUAGAGAAAAACAGCCCAGCGAAGGCGCCUUCUCCGAAAACAAUGCUGAGAAUGAGAGCAGCGGAGACAAGCCCCCCAUCGAUCCCAGCAACCCGGCUGCCAACUGGCUCCACGCUCGCUCCACGCGGAAGAAGCGCUGCCCCUAUACUAAACAUCAAACGCUGGAACUGGAGAAAGAGUUUCUGUUCAACAUGUACCUCACCAGGGACCGCAGGUACGAGGUGGCCCGACUGCUCAACUUGACUGAAAGGCAGGUCAAGAUCUGGUUCCAGAACCGCAGGAUGAAAAUGAAGAAAAUCAACAAGGACCGAGCAAAAGACGAGUGAUGCUACUUGAGUUCAUUUCGGAAAGCAGAUGGAACGAGAGGGCAAGAGAAAGGACUGCCUGUCCCCCUCUCCCACCCCCAUACCACCCAAGCCUCCAGCACCCCCGCACAAAGUGGCCACACUCCAGGCCUCAUCUCUCCCCCUGGCAAACCUUUCUCAGGCUGGCUCCUUGGCCUGCCGCUUUCAUGGAGGAGGUAUUGUAAGCUUUCCAUUUUCUGUUAAGACAAAUAAAUAAAUAAAAAGAAGGGGGCAUUAGCGCUGAUGGCUGUGUGUACGCUACCUUGUAUAUAUUUUAUAAAAUCUACCUGUUCCUGACUUAAAACAAACAAACAAACAAACAAAAAAAAACAACUACCUUUUUAUAAUGCACAACUGUUAACUGCGGGCUGUAUAGAUUUUAGUCUGUGUAGUUAAUUUAAUUUGCUCUUUGUUCGGCAGAGCGAUCUGCCCGAUACUUGAACACUGUGUUUGAUUGUGGUAAUUAUGUUUUUGUGACUCCAACUUCUGUGCUGGGUGACACACCCGUUGUGAUUGUGAAAGAUAGAAUUCAAUUUGAACUCAGGUUGUUUAUGAGGGGGAGACAAUUGCAUAGAGUAUAGCUCUGUAGUGGAAUACGUCUUCUGUAUAACUAGGCUGUUAGCCUUUGAUUGUAAAUUAGCUGUAAGGAUUUCUCAGUGAAAUAUUUUUUUUUU